UCAAUUUAAUCGUUAUCGGUUACUUUUCUGUAGGCAAUUUCAUUUAUUUAUAAAUAUCAUGUGAGUGUGUCAUAAUACUUGUUAAAUAUUUUGAAACUUAUGUGAUAUAUAUGUGAUUUAUUUACGGCACAUUCUUUUGGAACUAAGCUCAAAUUUUCACUUUUAACGACUCAGGCGAACGCAGUUCGCUAAAGCGGGCUCCCGCGCGGUUGCGCUAUCCCGGGAUAACCAGUGAUGGCGAUUUUCUAACUUGUGAUUUUACUGAGCAUAAAAAAUUCCUGAAACAUAGAGAGAGUACUUUAUAGACUUUUUUUCCUCCUAGUUAUUGCAUACGAAGAUUUGUUACCAUGUCCACUUCUGCAAUGGAAAAGCAUUUAUUCAACCUAAAAUUUGCUGCAAAAGAAAUGGAAAGGAAUUCAAAAAGAUGUGAGAAAGAGGAAAAAGCAGAAAAGACUAAACUAAAAAAGGCCAUUCAAAAAAAUAAUAUGGAAGGAGCUAGAAUCCAUGCUGAAAAUGCUAUUAGGCAGAAAAAUCAAGCUCUUAACUACUUAAGAAUGGCUUCUAGAGUAGAUGCUGUGGCAAGCCGAGUACAAACAGCUGUUACUACAAAGAAGGUCACACAGUCAAUGGCAGGUGUAGUUAAAUCUAUGGAGGCUGCAAUGAAAAGUAUGAAUUUAGAAAAGAUUUCGGCACUUAUGGAUAAAUUUGAGAAACAGUUUGAAGAUUUGGAUGUGCAGUCAUCAUACAUGGAAAACACAAUGAGUUCUACAACAACUGUCACUGUACCUCAAAAUGAUGUUGAGCAUCUUAUGCAGCAAGUAGCUGAUGAAGCUGGACUUGAUUUGAAUAUGGAAUUACCCCAAGGAGAGACAGGAACUUUAACAGCAACAGCUGCAUCAACUGAACAGGAUGAACUGACUCAGAGAUUAGCCAAGCUGAGGCAGUCUUAGUUCACCUGAAAUGCAGCUGAUUCAAGUCUUAUGUGUAUAUUUUUAUUAUAAUAGUGGCAACAAAAGCCUUGUAUAUUUGUUAUGGUUGCUCUUGCACUUGCUUUAUAGAAGGUGAUUGUCGAAUUGAAGAUGUAAAAAUAUGACCUCCGUACUAUUUCAUUAUUUGCUGAAUUAUACAUAAAUUUAUGAAAUAAAUAUUUAUUUUAUAUGUUUCUUCA